ACCUUGUCCCCGCGUUAUUACACUUAUAACCGCCAUUCUCAUUUUUCCCUCAUCUCCAUUAUCGCAAAAGAAAAAUAAAAUUAUACGAAGAGCCUGAGAAUCAAUGGUUGCCCCAAUCAAGUUUGUGCAGGAUCCUAGGGAAGAUGUCAUUCAGGCAUGGUACAUGGAUGAUAGUGAUGAGGAUCAAAGAUUGCCCCAUCACAAGGAUCCUAAGGAAUUUGUUUCACUGGACCAACUCUCUGAGCUUGGAGUUCUCAGUUGGAAACUAGAUGCUGACAACUAUGAAACGGAUGAAGAGUUGAAGAAGAUUCGUGAAGAACGUGGAUACUCCUACUUGGACUUUUGUGAAGUAUGUCCAGAGAAGCUGCCAAAUUAUGAAGAGAAGAUCAAGAACUUCUUUGAAGAACAUCUUCACACGGAUGAGGAGAUUCGUUACUGUGUAGCUGGAAGUGGCUAUUUCGAUGUCAGGGAUAAAAGUGAACGCUGGAUUCGUGUUUGGGUGAAGAAAGGGGGAAUAAUUGUUUUACCUGCUGGAAUUUAUCACCGCUUUACACUGGAUACAGACAAUUACAUUAAGGCAAUGAGACUUUUUGUGGGUGAUCCAGUUUGGACUCCAUUUAACCGUCCACAUGAUCAUCUUCCAGCAAGGAAGGAGUAUAUCAAAGCUUUUGUGCAGAAGGAAGCUGGUGAUCAGGCUGUUGAUGCGGCUGCAUAAAAACGCUGCUGCCUCUAACAUAUAAACUAAAAUUAAGAACUUUCAUAUUAAUAAGAGUAGCCAUUGUUGUAUGACGGGUUUGUUUGUAUACUACAGUUGACUGUUGCUAUUACAGCGACUUGCUAUGCUUCAUAUAUAUGGCUUGCCUGUACUUUACCUGCAAGGCUGUAAUCUAUCACAUAAAACAAUUUGCAUGUUUGGUAA